AUGCCUGUGAAGGCGUGGGUGGCGCGCUUCUUGCGGCGGCACCUGUUGCUGGCGCUCUUCCUCUUGGUCAGCUCCAUCAUCUCAGCCAUCGUAUAUGAAGUGACCGGUGGUGGCAAACCCAAGGCUUGGACGUAUGAUGCACCGCAGCUGAACAAAGUGGACCUCCAGGGCUCUGAUCGUCCACAGACGCUCUGGACGGACGACGACUUCGAGUGUCUAGGCUGGCGGGCCACACACAAUUGCGACCCGUACGGCCCUAGAGAUGAAUCCCGCGAUCGCAAAUGUGGCGAGCCAAUGCCACGCACCAGUGGCUUCUGCGAGGUGCGCAACCGCACGAGUGGCGAGAUCCUGCGCGUCAUGUUGGCCACGUGCAAGAGCUGGCAAUGGUAUCUGGUACCAACACUCUCGUGCAAUGAUGCACGGAACUUCACAGACUUUAGCGUCCACGCUGCAAGCUACACUCAUCCACCACCGGAGCUCCCACCCCCACAACCAGGACGAGACGAAGAUGACGCUGCAGAUAAGCGAGGCAUCGUCAUGAUCGCAUAUCCCAAGGUGGUGGCCGGACUGUAUGCGAUUGUCAGGACACUCAGAUCUCUAGGAUGCGCUCUACCCGUCGAGGUGUGGAUCGAUCCGACCGAGAUGAGAGCGAAACAUUCGGUACUGGUGGAACUGGUCAAGCACUACAACGUGUUAGUGCGAGUCAUCCGAGACCCGAACGCCUCCAAGUUCCACGCCAAACCGUACGCAAUAUACAAUUCCAGAUUCGAGAGUGUGUUGUGGCUCGACUCGGAUAAUAUCCCGGUUCGUGAUCCGACAUAUUUGUUCGAGUCUUCCGAGUUUAUCCAGCAUGGCGCGAUGUUUUGGCCGGAUUUCUGGCGACCGGCUAUUGACACGCCGUUUAAUGUGCAACAGCAAAGCGCGUUAUGGACGCUACUGGACAUGCCAUUCACGGAUAUGUUCGAGCAAGAAAGUGGGCAGUUGUUGGUCAACCGCUCGCGAGCACAAGCGGCGUUGAGUAAACUCAUGUUCUACUCGUCACACAUGCCACGACUGAUAACAGACUGGCAAUUAGUAUGGGGUGACAAAGAUCUGUUCCGUCUGGCGUGGCUGAAUACGUCCACUCCUUUCUAUAUGGUGCAGCACCUUGUCGCGCUGGGAGGAUUAUACAACGAAGAAGAGAAUUUCUUCUGCGGCAUAUCGAUGAUUCAGCGUGAUCCGCAAGGCGGUGAUGGCACUGCAGCGUCCCUUACACGUGAUUUGGAUAAAUAUCGAGUGCAGUGUAAGAUGCGCCGACUAGGACAGUACACGUGCUUCAUGCUGAACCCACGUGCACCUGACGGUAAUGGGACUCCAUCGCUGAUUUUAAGUCUUGAGAACACCAAGUACCUGCCGAUCGAGCAACAUGCUAUUGGGUUUUCGAUCGAAGGUCGUGGCCUCUUUAAUAAGGAAGAAGAAGAGGAAGUAGCGAAGAUGGAGAACGACAUGCAAGCUACACAGGAUGAAGAGGCUGCUGCGAUUGUUCGAGCGCGUGAACGUUCGGAAAAGCAGACGCGCGUGCGCGGAGUCUUCAGUGCGAGAUGCGCUGUCAGUGACAGCCUGUCACUUUAA